AUGACUGAUUACAAAAUUGCUGUUAGUUCUAUUGAAGAAAUAAAAGACAUUUGUAGUGAACUAUUGAACUCAAAAGAAGAAGAUAUCUAUAAUAAACUUAGUUUAUAUUAUGAAUUUGAAGAUAAAUUAAAAAAAUUACAACCAAUUAUCACUCGAAUAAGAAUAAGAAGAAAUGAAACAAAUGAAGAAAAAAAAAUUUAUGGAGAAAAAAUGAUAAAAAAUGUAGAUGUAUUAUUAGAAAGGUAUGAUAUGUUAUAUAAUAUAUACGAAGAAGAACUAACAGUGUUUAAAGAAAAUUAUGAAAUUGAAAAAAAUAAAAAAAUUGAAAAAAGGUUAUUAGAAGAACAAAAAAAAAAAGAAUAUGAACAAGAAACACUUAACAGAGGAAGAAUUAAAACUAAAAUGGAAGAAGAAGAAAUAAUUAAAAAAAAUGAAGAAAAAUUAAGAAUUUUAAAAGAAGAAAAAGAAGAAAAUGAAAAAAAGAUAAAAAAAAUGGAAAUUAUAAAAGCAGUAAUACAAGAAAAAUGCAAUUUUUUGUAUGAUGAAAUAUCUAAUGCUUGUAGCAAAAAAGAAGCUAUAAAAUAUAUUUAUUCUCAAUUAGGUGUAAAUAAUAAAAAUUACAAUGACAUAGAAGAUGAUAAUCGUUUAUGUAAUUUUAGUUAUUUUAUUGAUUGUUUGUAUUUAGUUUAUAAAAAUAAUGAAUAUAAGCUUUUUAAAGAAGCUAUACGAAAUAUAAUUGAAUAUUUAGAGGAAUUAGUAAAAAAUAUAGAUAACGAGCAAUUAAAAUUAAUUAAUCUCAUGAAUAAAACUUUUCAAAAUAAUAUUUUAUCAAAAAAGGGAACUUUAUUUAUGUUUAUUUUAAUUGGAUACGUUUUAAAAAGACCAGAAGAAAUAACUCAAAUAUUAAAAAAAAUAAACAGGGAAAUUAAUAAGGAAAACAUUUAUAUAUAUUUGGAAGAACCGAAUAUUAUUAAUGGUUAUAAGGAAUGGAAAAUAUGGUUUGAAAAUAUUCAAAUGUCUUUAAAUAUUUUAUGUACUUUUUUUAGACAUGUUAACAAAUACUCAGAUAUUCCUGAUGAUGAAAAAAUCAAAUCUAUUUUCUUAUAUUUAAGAGAAAAGUUUGGAAAUGAAGAAUAA